AUGCCUCUCCGAGAUGUCUUCGAAAGCAGUUUCGACAGUGACAUCGAUCUCGUUGGGAGGACUAAGGAAACCACCGACCACCUAAAGGCUCGAGUUGUUGAGGCACUUGAUGCUCGAAGGAAAGAACAUGAUAUUCAACGAGGUGCUCUGAAGCUGGAAUGGACAAAAUUGACAAAGUCUUUGAAAGUCGAAGCUGAAAAACAGUUGGCGGUCUGUUCGGCAGAGCUUCGAAGGAAACGGAAGGAGCUCGAGUGUGCUAAGGUAUAUGUUUAUCCUAUUCUGGUUUGA